AAGAUACAAGUAUUUUGCAUUCUUAGGUUUUUUUUAGCACGUGGCUUCAGGUUUGGCUCUAAAGAAAUCAAUCAUCAUAACUCAUAUAAGUGCCCAAAUGUUUGUACAGGUCGAUUGUAGUUGCAUCAUUUCAGAGUUUUGACAUGGCUGGGGCAUGCGCAUCAUGCUAUGCUCCCAUAAAUGUAUGUCGUCUAGUGAUCUACUGUGGCGGACAUCAGGGGAGCAGAUGCAGCACAUCCCCAUCAAAUGAUUUUUAUAUAUAUCCCCCAUUUUUAUCCAAUUGGUUUAUUCCCCACCUCCCAAAUUGUUAGAGAUUCAGCCUCACUCACUUAAGUGCGACAAGAAGAACCCUCUUGAAAGUUGAAACUGUACGUUGAAGAUUUUUGCUUGAGUUGUUGCUGUCUACUGGGAAUCGACAAUUCCAUAUGGGACGCGCUUUCUGCUAUUCCUCUCAUCUCUUUCCUGUUGGUAUCACACACAAUGUAAAACUUGUCCAUCCGAGCAUAAUUAAAAGCACGCUCGCUUGUCUGACUAGCUAAUCGACCCUUCCCUCGAAUCUUAUUUCUGAUGAGCGAAGUUUGUACGUUUUCUUGACCAAGUUGUACUACGAACAAGAAAAAAAAUGAAGCACCAAUUUCAAACUUGCUUGCUGGUACAAGGGAGACACAGCUGUAAAGUAAGGAAGCCCCAGUUGCAAAUUGAAGGGUGUUUUUAUUCCAAGGAGAUAAGAUAUAGGACAUGGAUGCCUGGUAUAGAAUCUAUUGAUGAAGGGAAAAAGAAAAGGUUGAUAAUUGGAGAGUGACUAACACCAAAUGGGACCAUCAAAUGGGAGGAAGGAAGAUGAAUUAGUGAUGAUGUUUCUUGCCUUUCAAUAAUAUAAUGUGUGUGUGUGAAUCGAGAAAACUUGAGUGUGAGUGUUCUUUGUUUUUUUGAUAAACAGUUGAGCUGACAGAGUUAGGGUCCAUUAGCUGUGUAGUUGUCUCGAUCCAUUUGCCUCCCUAUUAGGGUACCUCAUCAAUCAAGUCUGCUUUACAUAUUUAUAUACCUUCUGCUGUCUAUCUAUUCACCCAUCUUUUCACUUACCCACACAGUCCUACAACACUUUACCCUAAUCUCUUCACACAAGGAUGCUUUGUAAUGUCUAAUCUCUUCUUGAGCCUAUUUGCAUUUCACUGGAUCAGUGAUAAGGUUUUUCUUAAUGUUGUAGGUCCGGUUCCUAAAAGCUAAAACCCAUGAUGUGAAUUGUGAAACAGAGUGAGGAGGAUAAAAUCCAGGGAUCAUGUUACCCUCUGGCUCCACAUUUACUACUAGUCAAGUGGCAACCUGUUGCUUUACAUGUAUGUUGUUGUUGUUGUUGUCACUCCUCGGCAUACAUGGCUUUCCGUGGGCACACACUUGAAAUUGCAUUCAAGAAAUGGCACAGCAUCCAGUACCAUACCAUUACCACCAGUCAGUUAAAAGUGGGCCUAAAUAGAUACUGGCUCUGUGUAUUACAGUUACAGGUCCCAUUACUUCCCCUUCUUAAUGCGUUCAGUAGUACUGCGGAAGCUGUUUACUUAAACCACAACAAGCUCUCUCUCUCUCCCUCUCUGGAUCAACAAUGGAAGGCCGGGCUCCCAUGCUCAAUUGUCUCUUGCAACAAACACUGAGAAAUCUAUGUUCUUGUUCAGAUGCUUCAAAGUGGGUUUAUGCAGUCUUUUGGAGGAUCCUGCCUAGGAAUUAUCCACCACCCAAGUGGGAUUUUGGAGGCAGUUUUCUUGAUCGUUCUAAAGGAAGCAACAGGAACUGGAUUCUAGCAUGGGAAGAUGGGUAUUGUGACUUUUUGGAAUGUGAUAGAGCUGGAAGUGACUACAGUAAAGGAAGAUUUGGAGCUCAUGUUUUCUUUAAGAUGUCUCAUGAAGUUUAUAACUAUGGAGAAGGAUUAAUAGGAAAAACUGCAGCAGAAAAUAGUCACAAGUGGGUAUUUAGAGAAAACUCAGUUGAUAAAGAUAAUCACCAUCAAUCUUCUUGGAACGGAUCAAAUGACUCUCAACCAAGAGCAUGGGAUUUUCAGUUCAGUUCAGGCAUUCAAACUAUUGCUAUCAUUUCAGUUAGAGAAGGCUUAAUUCAACUAGGCUCACUAGAAAAGGUUAUGGAAGAUCUCAAUUUAGUGAUCAACGUACAAAGGAUAUUCAGCUACCUUCACAGCAUACCAAGUGCAUACACAAUGCAAAGACCAUAUCUAAUGCCUCCUCAUUCAUACCCAAACACAUUCAAGCUCCAUACCCAAAUGACAGAUUUCUGUAUGGAUGAUGAGAAGCUUCAAUUGAGAGGAGGAAAAAGAUGUUAUGGAGAUGGAAUUGAAGAUGGAUAUCCAAACAAAUCCAUGAACAUUGGAUGGAAUAGUCCACAUGUUAACAGUGAAGGAGGAAUUCCAUUUUGUUCAAUGCCAUCUCUUCUGCCAACUACUAAUAUGUCUUGUAGUCUUGAAGUUCUGUUAUCUAAACUACCAUCAGUGAUUCCUUCAGAUUCCGGCACUAGAGACUGUGCCAAGUACGAUAAUAAUGAAAGCUGCAACUUGGAUAUUCUGGGAUUGGGUACUAAUGGUGGCAGUGGUGAUGAGUUAUCAGAAAUUUCUCGAAUAAAAUCUGAAGCAUUGGUAUCAAACGAUGAUGAAGAUGGUGAGGAAAAACCUGGAAAUCAAAUUUUAAAUCUUAAUUCAAGUUUGGAACUGUAACAUUGGGAGAGAAAGUAAUAAACCGAGUUAUUUCAUUCGUUGUUUAACACUAUCAUUUGGUUUCUAUUAGGA